GUGGUAAGUGGUUUCUUGGAGUUGUGGUUUGUUGGUUUCAGUCAAAACCCAAGUGAGUAAUUGUGUAAGAAUGUCAGACUUUAUUGACUCAGAWGAAGAAGAAGAAGAAAAGGAAUUGUAUCUUGGGGAGUACGAAGGCCAGAGGAAUGAAUUAGGCGAACGGCAUGGGGAAGGUCGAGCUGUUUUGCCAACUGGCGACGUCUACGAUGGAUCAUACUUCAACGGAAUGAGACAUGGACGGGGUAGUUAUUUCUUCAAAAAAGGCGGGGCAAGGUACAUUGGAAGCUAUGAUAACAACAAAAAAAAUGGCAGAGGAACUUUUGUUUAUCCUGAUGGUUCCAGAUAUGAAGGUAUGUGGAUGGAUAAUGAGCGUCAUGGCCAUGGUAUAUACAUAUAUGCAAAUGGAGAUAUAUAUGAGGGUGAAUGGAAGAAAAAUAAGAAACAUGGAAAAGGAAUAUACACAUGUGCAAGUACAAAAGUUAAGCUUCAAGGUGCCUGGGAAAAAGGAAAGCUCAAUGGACAAGGAAGAAUAAUUCUUGAAAACCAUUCCUAUGAAGGAAAAUUCAGUGACAAUUUGCCUGUUGGUCCUGGUAAAUAUGUCUUCAAAAAAGGUUUAGAGCAAUUUGGUAUUUAUGCCAUCAAAAAAAUGAAGAACGAUGAUUUUGAUGAAGAAGAAGAGCCAACCAGAAUUCCAAUUUGGAAGUGUAUAUCUCUUUCUCAAAACCAAGAUGCUGAUAAAUGAUUAGGAAGUGAGGUCCAUACCAUCUUUAGAAGUGGCYAAGUUUAGCCACCUUGAAAAAAAGUMCUAUUUGAAGGCUUUUAUGGAUGCUUUUAUUGGAUUUCUAAUCWUUACAUWCACUUGCAGUUCUCAACAACUAAGAUCGCUGUUAGACAUGCACACAACAAUGAAGUAAAUACAACCAUUUGAAUUUGUUUCUCUUGUGUGCUACUAUUAAUACCAUCCUACAGUAAUAGUAAUUGUACACCAAUGUCAGACACAUCUUAGUUUGUGUUGCAUCAUGGAUUUUAUGCUUGAACUUUAACUGAGCUUUUAGUCAAACAGUUUUCAAUUACUCUAAAUUAUGUUGAGAAAAUAAUUAYUGAUAUCUAAAAAUGUUACCUUGGACACUGAAUAUUCAUAUUUUCAAUAUUUUCAAAUUGAAUAAAAAAGUUUUUACYAUGUAA